CCCAUAUACCCGAGCGCGGGCGCGGGCGCGGGCACGCUCGCGGUGACGCGCGCGCAUGUGCUUCCUGCACUCUCCCUCGGCACUCUCGCCGGGUUGGCUCCUCUAAUUACAUCGAUCCCCGCCCGUCGCCCGAUUGGUCCAGCAUCCAGAAUCCGCCUCCACCGCGCAAAUAAAUCUCACACGAAACAAUCCAGAUCAUCCGCCAGGGAACCGUGGCGAUGGGAAAGGGGCGGGAAGAAGACGGAAAGGACAUAUACGUGAUCGAGGAUGAUGGGACGACUGGACGAGGUCCAUGAUGAUGCCGGAUGCUGCGGACGAAGAAUGUUGCUGAUGAAGUUUUCAGCUGCUGUGCCGUUCAAUACAUUUCAGGCAAAUUGGACAGAUCGGAAAGAUCGUGAACCAGGACAUCUUAAAGCUAUCCGCGUGUUUAUUCAUCUACAUCUAUAGGAAGCAAAACCUUCGGCUGUGCAAACGCGGCCGCACGUGCGACUUCGCACAGGGGCGGCGCAGCGCCGGAUGGGAAUGGGAGGGUGACCGAGGGUGGAGAGACAUCUCCAUGGAAGGGAGUACCCCACGUAUCCCUACCUUGCUCCUUCGCUCUAACCGAAAUACGAGGUGAGAGAAUGGAGGACGGCUAGGUGAUUCAGACGCGCGUGCCGUCCCGCAUCGGAGACCGACGUUCUCUAACUCGCGAAUUCUGGAUCUUUUAUCCUGACAGUUGUUUAUAGUUGUGUGAUAACUUUGAUUGUGUGUUGAGAAAGUUUUGUGUUCCAGUGAAAUUAUUACCGGAAAUCACAAUUGAGUGAAAGAUAACAUUUUAAAUAGAAAUAAAAGAAAUAAUCGAUGAAAUGUGUAAGAAUUUGAAAGAAGUGGAUUAAGUAUGUCGAUUCUCGACAUUUGAAAACUUUGGUUUAACAUUUGAAAACUGUCAAACUUUCCGAGUUCCGAAAGUUGGGAGAGAAUUCUGGUUAAAGACUCUCUUGGAACACUAGAUAUCUGAAACUUUUAUGGCUCUAAUAGCAUUUGCAUGUGAAAAAUUCUAAACUUUCUUUACUUGGAAGAAACAUUUUAAAUUUUACAAAGAUUCAAGAGAUUUAUUUGUGACAAAUAUUUUAUAGGCCUCUCGAAAGACGCAUCUACGGGAAAGAUUUUUUCUUACAGAGGAAUUUUCUUCACAAAUCCAACCUUUAUUCGAAAAAAAAAACAAACAUUUUAGGUUUCCAAAGAGAGAGUCUUUCCAGAUCGUCCUCUUCAUUUAGAAGAAUCAUUUUCCGUCUGAAAAUCUUCAAAAACAAUUCUUCUCACCCUCUUUGCUAGAGGAAAUAUCCGACGUCUAAAGUUUUUUCGAGAUCUAUGGACCGCUGAAUUUAAAGAUCCUGUCAAAUGUCUGCGAAGAAGACGAGAAGACCAUCGUCGCCGCGGCGUUUCUUUGCGCGGCUCUACGGCCACUUGGAGGCGACCAAGAAAACGGAGGAUGACGAGGACGAGGAUCACGCGCGGGAAAGUUUGGAUUCUUCGCCGGAAAUCACGGGGGAGGCCCCCCACGUGUUGCCUGGUUCGCUUGAAUCGCACAAAAUGUUCCAUAUAUCGCAUUCCAAGGAUCCCGAGAAGACGUCGGACGAUGCCGCGAGAAGUCAGGUGUUCGAGGACAAGGGAGCGGAGAAGGAUUCAAUGCUCGCGGGAGUGAGGUUGCCGUUUCUACAAGGAUUCUUCCCGAGGGUACCCGGUGGUCAUCCAUCCUUACACCUGACGCAAGUCGCACAUCCCUCCGCGCUGCCGCCGCAUCUUAACGGUCUGCCCGGUCAUCAUCCCGUGGCCGAACACCACUUCCAAGGAUUUUCAGCGUUCCUGGCACGUAGAAGGAGAAAAGAGGGCCGACCGCGAAGACAGAGGACGACAUUCAGCGGCGAACAGACUUUGAGAUUGGAAGUCGAGUACCGACGAGGGGAGUACAUCUCGAGGGGACGUAGGUUCGAGCUCGCGGCCUCCCUUAGACUCACCGAGACGCAGAUCAAGAUCUGGUUCCAAAACAGGCGCGCCAAAGAUAAGAGGAUCGAGAAAGCGCAAUUGGAUCAGCAGUAUCGAAAUUUCGCCGUGUCGAACGGCUUGAUGAAUCUGCCGCUCUACAACGCGACGGGAUUCUGCGGCCUCUGCUUAUACAAGGACACCUACGGAUCGGUAACCGCCAAUCGAGAUCACUCCUGCGUUCCCGGCAAUUCCGUCGUCAUCGCCGACGAAUCUCUGAAGGAUCAGCCGCGUUACAGCAGCAGCGGAAGCGAGACGUCCGAUAAUCCGCCGAAUCACAUGUCCACGACUUAAUUGAAUCCAACACGAUCGCCCUUCGUUUAAAAAUACGCCUGACAAUAAGUUUUAAAUUCUUUUUCAUGACUCCAACGAUUAGUUUUGUUCCCGUAUAGCCGUAUAUUAAGAAAAAUAGUAACCGCGAAAAACAGCUUUGACAUCCAUCGAUGCGAGAAGAUUUCCAUCGUUUCUUCAUCUUUCUCUAGAAAAGAAAAAUUGAUUCUUUAUAAACAAAAAUUAAACUUUUCCAUGUC